CUCCGUGUCUUUCCUGGUCCUGGCACGUGCGUCUUCCCGUAGGUCCUCAGUGUCCACCCUUUCUCUUAGGCAUUGUGGAGUGUGUCCGAGCGCUGCCGCUGGCCCGUGUGCUGCACGAGCUCGGAGCCGGACGCAGCCAAGCGGGGCAGCCGAUCAGACCGGGAGUGGGUGCCGAGCUACUGGUCGACGUGGGCCAAUGGUUGUCCCGCGGGACACCCUGGCUCCGCGUGCACCUGGACGGCCCUGCGCUCAGCAGCCAGCAGCGCCGCACUCUACUGGGGGCGCUCGUGCUGUCAGAUCGAGCACCCUUCAAGGCCCCUUCACCCUUCGCAGAGCUUAUCCUUCCAACGACCACCGCAUAGCCCUAAGUCUCUAACCCACCUCAGCCAGGAGUUUAAGGUCCAUGAUGCUACUGGCUCUAGGGCCCAAAGCUUGGCCCAAGCUCUCUCAGUUCAAACCCCUUCUCAGGAUCUCAGGAGGUGAAACUCUGCACAGAAAUUUCCGGCACCUGUCAGGGCAGGGCCAACGCCAAGGCCCUGGGCUAAGGACUAGACUGCUGAUCACUGCCCUGUUUGGGGCUGGGCUAGGCUGGGCCUGGCUGGCUGCAAGAGCUGAGAAGGAACAGUGGCGCCAACAGCAACGGACAGAGGCGCUGCGCCAGGCUGCUGUGGGCCAGGGUGACUUCAGCCUACUGGACCACAAAGGCCAGCCACGAUGCAAAGCCGACUUCCGAGGCCAGUGGGUGCUGAUGUACUUUGGUUUUACUCACUGCCCUGACAUUUGCCCUGAUGAGCUGGAGAAGCUGGUGCAGGUGGUGCAGAAGCUAGAGGCAGAGCCUGACCUGCCCCUGGUGCAGCCCGUCUUUAUCACUGUGGACCCAGAACGAGAUGACGUGGCAGCCAUGGCCCGGUAUGUGCAAGAAUUCCACCCAAGACUGCUGGGUCUGACCGGUUCUACAGAGCAAGUGGCCCAUGCUAGUCGUAACUACCGUGUAUACUACAGUGCUGGUCCCAAGGAUGAGGACCAGGACUAUAUUGUGGACCACUCCAUUGCCAUCUAUUUGCUCAACCCAGAUGGUCUCUUCACUGAUUACUACGGUCGCAGCAGGUCAGCAGAGCAGAUCGUCGACAGUGUUCGCCGGCACAUAGCUGCCUUCCAAAGCAUCCUGCCCUGAACUACUGGCUAGGCCCUGUCAUUAAAUGGAUUAACUUAA